AUGAUCAGCUGAUCCGUCACGUGGGCUGCAGUCUGCAAAAUGGAGUUGUGUGAGUCUGUGCAGAGGGGGCUGCAGCUCGGAGCCCAGUCCUCCGUGGACCGGAGGGGUUUCCAGGCGCUGGUGGACUCGUGUUUCCGGAGCCUGCUGUCCUCUCAGGGGGACCCUGCAGUCCUGGACGAGCCCGAGCUGCAGCGCGUGGACAGAGUCCAGCUGAAGCAGAUCCACUCUGCAGCCACCACCUUCAUCCUGGAGGCGGUGAGACAGGAUGCUGACCUCUCAGCCAUGAGCUCCAGCCUGGAGGAGCUCACGUUCAGUGCAGAAAGAAUCGAAAUAUUCUGCAGCAGCUAUCGGAAACAUAAGAAGGAACUGGAGCGUCUGCUGGCCAGUAUAGGAAGACGUCCGGCUCAGAUUAAUGACGUUUCCUGGCGCCUCCAGUACAACACCAAGUCUGCACAUCUGGAUAAAGUCAACCAGCCCUUCUACCUGAUCUCUCUGAACACCGAGAAUCAAGGAAGCUCAGAAGACGUCAGCUUCACGUGCACGACGGAGCAGCUGCAGGAUCUGGUGGGGAAGUUAAAAGACGCAGCCAAGAGUUUGGAGAAAGCCAGUCAGAUGUGACGCGCACACUCACUCACGCACAGUUUAUUUU